ACUGCGCGGGGCCUUGGCCCCCAUGAGGCAAAGCCUAGAUCCGUCUCUGCAGGAGAUGGGAGAUGGUGCCUUAAAAUAGCUCAAAAUUUCUGAUCAUGGCACUUCGUGACUGUAGGAAUCUCUCUCUCUCAGCGAAUUCGUGCUACGAACUUCGAAAAACCCAUAGCAAAGUUACUCACAGAGCUUCGAUCGUCGCUCUAAUCUCACAGCAUAUAAAUUAGGGCUUAGGGUUUUUUUCACGAGGCAAAAUGUCAUCGCGCCAGCCGCCGCCGACGGAGGCGCAAGGAUGGUUGCGGCGCCGGAGAGUGCAACGGCUGAGAAGCGGUCUAAUCGACAGAAGAGAAAAAAAAAGAGAGGAAGAAAUUUAAUGGGAAAACACUCCCAGUGGAGAAGAUUCAAUUCCUAGGGUGUAAUAGGUGAAAAAGGCUCAGGGCUGAAACAUAUAGAAGGGAGGCAGAAUGACCCAGAAGAUGACGAAGAAGGCGAUGAUCUAGGAGAUUUCUCAUUAGAAGGAGUUGAAUUGUAUUCAUCUCCAACAGAGUUUGCUACUGCCAAGAUGGCUGAGAAGCAAUCCGGAAAAGAAGAAGCAGAACCAGGUAGAAGAGAUCCAAAAGGGAAAAGAACAGCGGAUUCAGAUGUUCAACACGAGCAGAAGCAAGAAGGAACAGGGGAGAUUGUUGAAGAGAUCACAUUAGAAGGGUGUUCUGGAAAGAAAAAACAGACAGGAGAAUCCUCCACGGCUAGUGAUAGUGCUGAUCCAUUGCUUGCUAAGCCAACCCAAAUUGGUGAAAAGAUGGGAAUUUUUGUUUUUGAGAUGAGGUUGGCUCAAAGCAAUGUCGAAGAGGACAGGCUAUUAAUUCUAGAGGAGCCAGCAUUUGAGCAUUUCUAUCCUAUACUCAAACGUCGAAGGGCUUUAUCGAUGAAUCUAAGACUAAUUGACCCAGAAAACCUCAGUUGUCCGGUAACACUGUUAUUUGAUCCUGUGAAAAGCUACUUCAAGAUAGAAGGCGGUUGGUGGCAGUUGUUUGUUAAGAGGUAUAGUUUGGAAGCUAUGGAUGUGAUUCGCUUUUACAAACAUGUCCAACCUUCUGAAGAAACUGAUGUCCUGGUUAAUUUUGUUAAAUCAAGAAAUCAGGAGACUAUGAGCUCUACCCCAACCCAAGUUAGUGAAAACAUGGGGAUUUUCCUGUUUGAGAUGAGGUUGACUCAGCGCGAUUUUGAACAGGGGAGGCUUGUAAUUCCGUUAGAUUUGAUAUUACCCUACUUCCCUCCUCUAGCCAAUGCUGCCAACCGUCGAAACAACUAUUCGAGGACCAUACAAGUUACUGACCCUGAAAAUACCCAUUUGAACUUAUUAAUGAGGUUUGAUGUUUCAGAAAGCGCCUUGGUGCAUGAAAGCGAUUUGUGGAAGGAGACUUUUCAGAUGUUCAAAACGGAAGCUACUGAUAUGAUUCGUUUCUACAGACCUGUCCCGAUGGCACACCCAUACCAUUUCCUUGUCAAUUUUGGCAGCAGUACUCCAGAAUUCAAGCCUGAGAAUUUCUUGUUUCAGCUAGAAUUGAACCAUUAUGGCAUCGCGUUCAGGAGGCUUGUUGUUCCAACGGAAGAAGUGAGGAAGCAUUUCCCCCAUGUAACUCGGGAUGAGAUGAUACUGCGAUUUACGGAUACUCAGAACAAGAGUUGGCUCAAGAAAAUCCUUUUCGUUAGUCAUACCUACAUGCUGGUACUGGAGGAGGAUUUUGUGAUUGACAAAAAUUUAAAAGAUGGGGAUGUGAUUAGGUUUUAUAAACCCGUCCGGCCUUUACACACGCUGCACUUCCUUAUCGAGUUGGUGAGAAAAGCGGCGGCUUCUACGACUGAUCCGACCCAGUCGAGGAAUCCCAAAAAACAAGGUGGUGGAGGUGGGAAACACAGCGGUGGCCGCAAGGCGAGGAAAUUUCCUCUUGGAGAUUGCUGUGUGUCAUGAAGAAAAGAGAUCCAGGAAAGAGCAGCAAAGAGCAAGAAAUUGAUUGAUUGAGCUCCCUUGUAAAAUUUUGAGGUAAAUAGGAAGAAAGCAAGGUCCUAGUAUUAGCUGUGGGUAGACAUAUUUCUGAUUUUUUGAUUUCAUAAAUGGAUUGGCAUUGUGAACAUUGAUCACUCUGUUCCUGCAAGGCGUCUAUUUGGUGGAAUAUUAGUCUGAAAUUGAGUAGGCAGCUUAACUAAA